CCAGACAAAUGUGUCAUGUUCAAAUUCCCUUUUUUUGUCGAUGUAUCUGUAUCGUAGUUGAUCAUCAAGUUCUGGCAUGUUCCGUUUGUCCAUUGCUCAGCAAGAAUGUGUUGCUGAAAUCUGCCAGAUUCAUUGUCCUCCCUAGUAUGUCUUUGGUCACAAGUCCCAACUAACACGGGACAUGUUAAAUCCAUAUAUGACCAUCAAUUAAGCUGAACUGCUUCGAGAAAUCAAAUCAGGAUGGAAGGAGAUGAGCUGAGCCGAUCAACCGAUGGCCACCGCAUUGACAUUGACACCGCCGCCGAGACGAAAUCUGAUUCGGUCGAUGGCGUUGAAGCCGAGCGGAAGUGGCUGCGCAAGCUCACGUCGGCGACGGUGAACAAGGCCGUGAUGAGAGACCUCAUCGCGCGGACGCCCAUGCUGUGGUACCUCGGCGAGCGCUCGGGCACCAUCCUCCGGUCGCGCCCCGGCCGCUCCGGGCGCGUCGAGGCGCUCCACGCGGUGCGCGCCGUGGCGAUCGGCCCGUUCCACCGCGGCGACCCCGGCCUAGCUUUCCCCGACGAUGCCAAGCUCCCGUUCAUGCGGUACCUGCAGGACCAGUGCGCGCUCGACGUCGACCGCUAUGUCGCGUUGCUGUCGGCGGAGCGCCACCGCCUCCGCGACGAGUUCGCCGACGACGACGCGGAGGCGGACAGGGAGCUGCUGGACGACGAGGAGAGGUUCCUGCAGAUGCUGCUCCUGGACAGCUGCUUCGUCCUCAUCGUUAGCAUGAUGCUCAGCAAGGCGGGCGUCGGCGACGACGCCGACAGCGCGGCGCGGGCGGCGUCCAUCAACCGGGAGUACUUCAUCCUGCACAUGGCCGUGGCGCAGCACGCCGAGCAGAUCAAGCUCGACAUGCUGGUGCUCGAGAACCAAGUCCCCUUCGCCGCCAUCAAGCUUCUCGUCGCCUCCUGCGGCAGGCUGAAGCUCCGGCACUGCGUCGAGCAGGUCGUGCUGGGAUGCUUCGACGACGUCAGCCCGAAGCGGGCGCGCCUCCCCUGCCACGCCGCGGGCGCCGAGUUCCACCAUGUCCUGCACCUCUUCCACUGGUCCCGCGUGCCGGAGACCAAGUACGCCAUCCUCUCCACGCCGCUCAAGCUCCUCAAGAUCAAGAGGGAGUCGGAGAGGCUCUUCCCCUGCUCCAUGGAGCUGCGGCACUCGGCGGUGUGGUUCCGGCAGGCGUCGGCGUCGUCAAGCUGCCAAAGCCACCUCGACAUGUCGUUCUGGAGCCGGACGGCGAGCCCCGUGGCGGUGAUGAGCAUCCCGUGCUUCCACGUCCACGAGUACAGCGCGGUGGUACUGUACAACAUGCUGGCCUUCGAGAUGCACUUCCACUGGGCGCACGGCGCCUGCGUCACCACGCACGUCGCGCGGAUGGAGGGCCUCGUGCGCUGCACGAGCGACGCCUCGUUCCUCCGUCGCCGGGGCGUUCUAGCCUCCACGCGCUUCACCGACGCGGAGCUCGUCUACUUCUUCCGGGAGCUCGGGGCGCACACCGUCGGCGCCAGGCUGCCUGACGAGUUCGGCGACAUGCUCGACGAUGUGGCGUGCCACCGCAGGCGGCGGAUCAGCUGGUGGUGCGGCGGCUUCGUGCUGCACUUCUUCCCGUCGCCGUGGGUGGCAGUGUCGCUCUUCGCAGCGGCCGCCAUAUUCGUUGUGCCGUCCCUGCUGCAGACCGUGUACACCAUGCUCGGUUACAUCACAAGUACUAGUUGAGACAGUUCAGAAAUAGCUUCCCUACUUAUCCAUUAGUUCCCAAACAGUACUCAUCAGCCUGACCCAAAAAAAUGAACUUGAGUUGCACUUUUCUGUCGAAAAAGUGCAAUCCGAGUUGCACAUUUUUUUGAAGGGCGAGUCUAGGUCUCAGGAAUAUGUCUCAGUCGCCUAUGUCAUGUGACAAAUCUCAGUUUCAAUAUAGUUGUAACUUAUAAAAAUAGUACUAAUUAUCAGUUUCAACCUAGUUGAAACUCAUUAAAUUCUUA